AUGCUACGUUGUUUGUAAGGCACUUCUAUGUCAAUGGUUAAAAACGUUUGAAUCGAUUAUCAGAAUCAAGAAGCAAAACCUUAUGCCACAAGAGACGGAAACCCUGCCUUGCCUUCUAAUUUAUUUGCUGAGUCUCUAUUCUCAUUGUAGUACAGCAAUAACAGCACUUGUGAAACUUCUACAAAUAUUGAUUGUCAUGAAAAUGUUAUUUUCCAUUAUGCAGUUUAUAAGUUGGAAAUGCUGAUUUGACGGUAAUUCUGGUUGCACUUUAUCCAGUCACGACUGGUGGGUUUGUUGGCAAAUAUAUACUUCACGGUGAUGGUCCUGGAGCAGUAGAAUUUCUUAGAUAUCAUUUUCAAGCUUCAACAUUUGGUGAUAACUCUAUUCAGAGCCCAGAGUUGUCUAGAGAUUGGGAGGUAUUUUUUUCUGUGAGAUCCAUUAAUAGAUCGUGGACUUGAAGAAAAUUGAAAAAUUCUGCAUCAAUGUUGAACUUGUUUAGUCCCAGGAGGCUACCUUGGAUAUCUGGUACAGAUGGUCAGAAAAAGGUAGUUUUAACUGCUGUAGAAGUAGAAUCUCUUCGGUCAGAAAUUGCUGCUUUGGAAGAAAGAGAAGCUCAUUUAAAAGCGCAAUUAGAACAUAUUGAUGAAAUACUGCAGUCAGCUCGCUUGUCGGGUUAUUUAUUUGUGAGAACGAGAUGGGCGGCUUUACCAGGAGAACCUCUUCCAAUUGAUGAUGACACUGAAGUUGACGACUGGCUUCCUAGAUUUCUUGUCCUUCAGGGAUCGUGUAUUUUUUUGUAUUCAUCAUCCACUGAUCUGAGCCCUCAAGAUUCGACCCUCCUAUCUGAUGUUGUUGAAGUUGGAGCCCUGCCUUGUCUGACACGAGAAGACGGUGAAACUCGGUAUUGCUUUUAUAUCUCAACUCGUCAUGGGUUGCGAUAUGAAUGUUCUAGUGUUUCUAAAAUACAGGUUGAUUCCUGGUUGGCGACAUUACAGAAUUGAGUCUGAGCUGCAAUCUAAUAGCACAGCACCUGAUGAGUUAACUAAGACUUGACAUGUUCUUCUAUCAGUAUUCUGUUAGAACCUGUAAAUAGGUCAAAAAUGGAAGCAAAGGCAUUAUCAUUUACUUGGAAGUCGAUUGCCAAUUGUUAGUUUUCACCAUUAUUCUGUACAUAGCCUAUCUAACUGCCCGUUCAAGUUACCAUUUGAAUAAAAUGUUUCCAGUUUAAGGAUUGUUAUCAUCCAUUAA